CGGCACUUUUGGCAACUUUGCCGAAGCUGAAAUAGGCGGGCAGCAAAGGCACUGCUCGGCCGCAUGUCGCGCGGCCGCCCGACAAGACGCCGUGCCAGCGUGAAGUGGCCUGGUCGGCGGCGACCCUCGCCUCGCCCGUGGAGAAAAACAAAACGAACUGAUGGGGACGAGCGUAAUCGAUUCGAGCGACGAAAAGUUUAUGAGAUGCUGUUUAACUUUAAUUUUGCAAACCCAGCUAAUACACAUUACGAGUACUCUACAUAGAAAUCGCAAGACGAUCAAGAAUAGUUAGAAAGGUGAGUGAAAAGAUAUCAAAUUCUGCUAUGAGUUUCGAGCACGCACCUACACUAGAAAAGGGCAUUAAGAACGAAAACUUCUAAUGGAACAGAUGAAUGUCGGCCGGUCGAACUCGAACGUGCUGGUCGGAUUUGGGUCCGUAGCCAUUUUGGCUCAGGGAAGCGAGGACGGAAGCCCCGCCUUUCGAACACUCGAUUUCAUUAUCAGGCAAAUAGUAUCCUCUUCCGCGCUCAAGAUCUUCUUUGCCUGAUUCACGUAGGGGAGGAGACAUCGUCAGCUGAAGUAAGCAGAGCAUAGAACAGAAUCUCUGUGCUUUCUACCGUAUGUAGUGAGGUCACGAACGUAUUAUCCUAGCUCUUUUUUUGACAGGUCUCAUCCAAAACGACCGGCAGAGCAACGCGUUGGCGUUCUAUGAAUUCGCGGCCGAGACCCAGAGCGUUUCUUCCACGCGUGCGCUUAUAAAUAUGUAGUGAGGUCACAGGCCUGCUAGUCUUGCGGCUUUUUUGCCCCGUCCCACGCAAAAUGGCCGGCAGCUUUCAAGCGGCCGGGAGUGCUUAUACACAUACAUUUAUGAGUUUUCGUACAUGCCUUCGGUUUCUAGAACAUGGGCAAACGGGUUUUUACUUGUAUAGCGACGCUGUAGUAAUAAAAUAAUUUACAGACCACUUUUGUAAGACGACCUAAUACAUAAACAGGUUUAGGGUUCCGGCUUGUGUUCAGGCCCGAGAGGCGACCACACUGCUCUUUCCUAGUCGUGUGCCAGGUUGCGAACAGAUGUAAACCCGCUCCUGUCUAUCGAGGGACUGAGUAAGAGGCAACGCCAAUCGCCACCUAAUUCCCGUCCCGUCCCGGCAAAGUCUCUCGGUCUUGAUCGAAGUAAUGAUGACUCUUUUCGGUUGGUUGCUCAUCUCCGCGGGUCCAAGCUUCGGUGUUCCUAGAAUAUGGACAGACGCACUUGUGCAUGUUUUUCGGUUCUGCUCGAGACCGGAUAUUCUUGGUCCUGGUUUUUUGUGCCGUCCGUUCACUUCCUUCGGUGCGGUAUCGUGAAUCUCGUCAUUCGUUCAAGCCACAAGAAGUAGCGCACCACAGAAAUCUAUUAAUUUCUCAUGCUACUGCUCGUACACAAUCUGAAUCUCGUUCUUGGAUUGCAAAUGAAACGUCACCAGCAUGCUGGAGCACUAGAAAUUUUCCUUCAUGCGAAGCACCUUAGGAAACUUACCUUCUGCUUCUCAACGUCAACGGGCAGCGACGCUUAUGCACCUUCCCCACCCGAUAAUUUUAUUUUGUUUUAUGUUUGAGCAGUAGGUGGUUACCGGAAGUUACUCAGGCUUUCUCCUGACGCAUUGUAGCAAUACCGUAACAAAAGUAGUGGUAUAUAUUAUUUUAGGGGCGUAUAUCAAGUGCUACUACAUUGGGUUUAUUGGAACUAUUAUUGAGGAGUUUUCGCUGCACGCAUAGAACCCUGUCCUCGAACGUGAACUCUUUUUCUGGUUUUGGGUGCUUGGUGUCGACGUCGAGUUUUUUUUUUCGCCGCUUUUUCUUUGACCCCCGAGAACUGCAGUCCUAUUACAGCACUUCCUUUUUCGCAGGUGUCGACGAAAAAAGAGCAGGUAGGUAUAAUUUGGAGCUAACAGGAGGCACUUCAGGCGGAGGCACAGAAUUUUGCUGCAUUCGCUAUAGUUCCAUAGCAGUAAACGUAAAUCCUCUAGGCUUUUCGUUGAAUAGAUUCGGGGAGUUCUUUUCCUCUGACCGUCGACGUUUGCGUGCUUUCGGGACAAAAACGCGUAUGGUCGGAUCUUCCCCCCGAGUUUUUUCCCUCUAACAGUAAGCUGCAAGAGGUAUUUUUGAUUUUUUGAACCCUAUAGAGAUAGUGCUCCUUGUCACUUCUUUUUCAACUUAGUUACGUCCGCCGCUGGAAAGCGAAACUCGUUAUCUGAGUUUCCAUAAUCCAGUACAUACAUAAGGUUGAGUCGGGAAAUAAUAAUACAACUUAAAGAGUAACAAGUCCGUGAAGCUCAUUUGGAUUUUGCGUUGCAGGCUAUGUCUUCUCGAGGGAAAAAGAAUCGCUGCCGCAACGAAGCGGAAUUGAUCGAAAACGCAAUCGCCGUGGAGGCGCGGAAAAAAUACAUCACAACGCUGGUUCAGGAGCGCGCUUCUCUCGAUUCCAGACUGGCCGAACGAGAACAGGAAAUCGCCGAGGUAAAAAGCUGAACGUCACUAGAAUCUGUUUUGUCACAUUAGUCGAUGUGCUGCAUGUGCUUCUUUAUUUGUCGUGGGUACUAAGGCAUUCGCAGCGACGUAGUGCGUAGGGUAUAGCUCGUACCACGAGAGCUGGUACCGAGAUUAGUAUACAGUUUGCGUGAACUAAAAAAAAGUGACUGAGUGCAGUUGAUGACUGACACGCUAUUAAUAUGUAGUGAGGUCACCGAACGGUUCCAACCUGGCAGUUUGCUUGACACUAACCGCCGAAAGCGACCGGCAGUUUUCAAGCCUACAGAGAGUUUUUUUGCAUGAAAAAGAUCACAGCGCGCCAGCCUGUUUGGGUUUGUUAUCAACGCAUCGCCUGCGGAUUCUGUCGCUCGCCGGUGGAUAAAAUGACGCAGGGGAGCCGGCAAAAGGGGCGACCUUCUGAGGCGCCCGCCGCUUGGGAUUCCGGCGAUUUGGGGCGCCCGAAAAAAGCGCGCCCAAAGCCAGAACAGCGAAGCCGCGCGGUAUGGUCGCGACUUCGGAGCAUUUUGGGCGGCCGCGAAAGCGGCCGCCUUUGCGGCUGUUUGUGAUCGGGGGAAGCUUUGCAAAAAGCGCAGACGCGAAAAAGAAAAACGCAAAAAAGAAAAAGCGCGCCAGGUGCGCGAAGCCAAUCCGCAUGCUAAAGGUCCGACUUUUCUUCGUUUUUGGGCGCCCCCCGCGGCGCCAGGAUCGGCCCAAUAGCGCCGGGGCUGGCGUUCGGCCAAGAAUUUUGGAAAUUUGCCAAAAGCCCGCCACUUUUUCCAACUGGCCGCCAUGCCGUGAGGCAUAACGUUACCCACGGCGGCACGGCGGGCCCAGAAAAAGCAAAGUCGUGGCCAGAGCAGCGGUCGGCAAGAAAACACCACCGACCUCACUACCUCCGCCCCGGCGGCUAUAUUUCGUGACUGGAUCUCCGGAGCAUAGAGUCUGUGACUAAUUGACUUGCGACGUCAAAGCUAUCUGAUGAAGCUGAUCAAUCUGGGAUGAAUUUUUGAUGUCAAAACCAGGCGAUUAUUAAUUUAUGAUUGAUACUAGCCACGUAUGCUUCAUCGCCUGCGGAAGUGUGAAACAAAAUUCAAUUACUCCGCUAGAUCGAAAAACAAAAAAAAGAGCCAGAACAGGAGUUCAAAAAUAAAAAACGAAAAGCCAGGGUCUGAAGCAGCUCCGUCCCGUUUGCGGUUGCGGUUGUGCGCAGAUCUUGAUUGCCAUUGCGGUUGCAAGCAGUUUUUGCGGUUGUAAAGCGGAUACGCGGCUGUGCUAACAGCCGUGGGCAGUUGUUGUGGCUGGAGUGGUUUUUGCGUCACUUUUCUGCAUGAGCAUGCCGUGGCUUUCAACAUGCUUCGUGCCAAAUUGUGGGUAGGUGUAGGUCUCCACGGCAAGAAGAGUCCCGCGCUUUUCCACUCGAUGCAGGCACUGAGUGUCGAGACCGUUUUGCUUAGGCCCGUUUGCUUCCCGCCAGCUCUUCAAGACUUUGAAAGCCUGGGGCGUCGUUCUUCCUUCCAGCGCCGAGCACGCUUUUUUCAGCCAGCUUCUUUUGACGACCCUGCCUGCUAUUUUUGUUGCGUGUUGAAUUCAAAAGGUCUCAAAGUUCUGCUGUUGGCCCUCACCUUUAAGCUUUGCCUUUCCGCAGCUUCCACUUUUUGACUUUAGCCUUUACUUUUUACUUUUAGUUUUUACCCGUAGCUUUUUCUUUUUUUAGUUUUUACUUUUAGACUUUUUUCUUUUAGUUUUUUCUUUUAGGUUUUGCGUUUGGUUUUUUGUUUGUUUGUUUGUUCAUGUUGGAUACACGGAAUCCGGGUGAAGAAUAAUUCUUCUCUCGUGUUGUUCUAGCGCUACUUGAAGAAAAAGCCAGUCUGACAUAACCACUUUGGGCUUGCACUUGAGAAAAAGCUUAGACGUAGGAGCUGAAAAGUUAAAAAGUUUUUGGCGAAAGGUGAGAAUCUACAACGAGCUGAAGCCUUUUGAAAAGUUAAAAGCUUUGCCGGAGUUGAAAAGGUUGCUGAGAGUCUAUAAAAGUUUUCCUUGCCCUGUCGUAAAAAGAAAGCAAACGCUUUUGCAGCUUCCGAAACAGAGUAAGUUAAAAACUCGCCUGUGGGAAGAGCUGUUUUUGUGAAAAGAGAGCCGCUUUGUCAGGUCUUGUUGUUGUCGAAACUUACCUGAAAGCCCAAAAGUUACUUCGCAGAGAGAAAGUUUUGCUUUUUUUGUUUUUACUUUUUUUUUGAAGGUUUGCUACUGCCCACCUGGCUGUGGGUUACUUGUGCUGCAGAUCCUCGGCAGGUCUGUCUUACGCCGAAACUCUAGUUUUUUCCAUUGUUGCUUUAAAAGCAACAAGAAAAAAACUGCUCCUUUCCACAAAAGCAAGCUGAAAGGAGCAGUUUUUUUCUUGUGAAGUUGAAGGCGUUGUUUUGAAAAAGCACGAAAAACGACCUAGAAGUGCGCGACCAGUAAUUUUUAUUUUUGUCGAGGGGCUCGAAGUAGCACUAUUUAUGCUGCGUCGCGACCUGUGCGCGCCACCAGGAUAACCUCACUCACCCCGUGGCCCUACAGUGUACGCGGAGGAUAGUUGCAACCAACCUUGCUCGCCAGUCCAUCUUCGGUCUGCGUCGCCAUCAUAUCAUAGAUAUCACCACAGCCGCCGGCCCAUCCCGGGUUGUCAGCCCUUGAUGACUAUGAGGCCGGGCGGCGUGGAUCACUUCCGCGUCGGUGGAUAAAAAAGAUAGAUACUUAGCGCGCGUUCUCAGGUGUGUGGUUACUCGCCCGCGGGCCGGGUGCCUGGCUGCGUGCUCGUUCGCCGCGCCUGGGGGUAUUUUGUUCGUCCUCCCCUGUCGGUACUUCCACCUGAUAUCACUGCACUCCGGGCCCUAGUCGGAUUGUCAGUCCGACUAGACUAUGGCGGCCAGGCGCAGGUCACUGGCGGUGGUGCUUCUGUUCGGAAAGGUGGCCGCUUUUGUGCGCCCCCUGUGGCGCGCGGACUUUCUGCGUCGGGUUGCUACGCAGCGUAGUAGCUGCCGGGGUCGCUCGCCCACCAUAGGUGGCGGACGGCGGGGAAGGAUCCGACCAACGGCGCCAGUAGUGUGCUGGCUCCUAGUAGCGCGCUGGCCGUCUGGUUGGGCUUGGCUUUACAGUCGUCGGGCGUCUCGACCCCCCACCACUUUAAAAACGCGCGCAGUCGUUUUUUUACUUUUGCUUUUUGUUUUUGUUUUUUGGCUUUUGCUUUCAGUUUGAAGUUGAAGCUGUGGAGUAAUUGUUUGGCCAUCACGACUUUAGUCGUAGCAAGGGAUAGAUUUGAAUCUGGGCUGAAGUUUUUGAAUUCUUUCUUCGAACUCUGCGAACUUUGUGAACUCUUAAGCCUUCGUGAUAUGAUUUCGUAGAUAUGCCUAUCAAUCCUCGUCAAAAUGAAUCGCAUAUAAUCGACAGGCCUUCGCGAAGCAAAUGCAGCAGGAGCGGGAGGAGCUCGAGCUGGCGAAGCAAGCUGCUCUGCAAGAAUGCCAGCGCACGUUCCAUGAGCGGGUACAUUGGUUACACACAGUUGCAUUCAAUUGAUGAACUCCAUUUCCACAUCAAGUAUUCUGAUUUCAGUGUCACGAUUAUGGUUGCGUUUUCGAUUUUGUUAGCUUUAUUUGGUCGCAAUUGAAUCCGUACAUAUUUAUGCCUGCUAUACAAUCAUCAGGAACUGGAGUUAUUGCACCAGCUGAAUGAAGAGCGCUUCCUACGAGGUUGGAAUCGUCAGCCCCCUUCGCCAAAUCAUUUCUGCUUCUUGGCAGUAGAUGCUCAAACGUUUUCGCAUCCUGCAAAUAGAAUUUACCAUAUUGUAAAUGUUUCGAGAGCCCGAGCCUGGCACAAAAAAAAGAAAGCUUUGCCAUGCUCAGACCUCUACUCCGGGGAAGCUGAAGCUCAUUGAUUCACUUGCGUCCUCCCAAUGUGCUUCCUUUGUGUUUGCAGGAAUUCGUGUCGCUACUUUCACUGUGAUUCGAGAAUUCUUUAUAUCUGGAAGUAGUACGCUGUAAAAAAAUAGAGCGUCCUCCCCUGAACAGUUGCGAGGCCUCUUCUAUAGCGACGGUACGAUCAUCAGUAUUGUUCAUGUCGUUCUUGGCAUAUUGUAACAAAGCAAGAAGAUUAUAUUUUGGGAAGAGGCUCUUGCCCGCGAUAUUACAAGACCGAGAGCACACGCGUCCAGCUCGAAGAAGAAACUGAGAAGGAGAAAAAGAAGACCCUCGAGAAGGUGGACCAGCUGAAGGAGCUGGAGCUGAAAAGACUGAAGAAGCGCGAGCGGCAGCUUAUCAGCCAGAAAAGGGUUUGUUAGCGUAUCACGUCAUGCAAGAAAAACAGAAAUUGAAAAAAUCACAAGCUUAUAUGCAACAUGGAUGAGGUUACCAAAAGUGCUUUUUUGCCUACCCCCAGGGGUUAGCAUGUGCCGCUGGAGGCGGGCGUCCACUCGAUGAUGAUGAUGAUGAUGAUGAUACUCCAAGUCCAAGGAAGUAGCAAGGCAGGGGUCGGUAAGAGAUAUUCCAAGGCUUUGAAUACGCCCCUAGAUUCAAAUGGAACAAAUAGAAAGUAUUGCGCGGGCGACCUCCUAGUGUUCGACUGUUAGCAACCCCUACGCCAGCGUCGCCUGUAGGUUUGCACAGCUCAGAAAUUCCAAUAGACGCUGCGCUAGAUUCACAAACCAAGGAGGCAAGUGCCAAAGGCCUGGCGUGGACGGGAGCGCUCAACAGUGGGGCAGCGCGCCUUUCUCUUUAGGCGGAGAGCGGCAGAGAAAGCGGGGCGCGUUUCCCUUUCUGCUAUGCGUGCGGCAUUUUUCCGGGCGGGGAAAGUUUUUUAUGUGCGCCGCGCGCGCGGGCCGGCGCCCUUCCGUCCGGGGCGUGCGGGGCUCUCGCCACACUUGGGGCGCGCACCCAGCGGGUGCGCGAAAUUCGCCGGACGGUGUCUAUGACAGGGGCCAAAAACGAAAUCUGGGCUGUGGGCAGCCUGGCCAGAACGCUCCGCCGUUCUCUGCCGGAGUUGGGCCGCACAUUCUAGGCGCGGGCGGGGCCUGCGAAAAAUCUACGCGAUUGCGUCGGGCAGCAUGGGCAGCACCCCCGUGACUUUUUUCGUUGCUGACGAGAGCAGGCCCAGUCUAGCCUCUGGAAGCGAUCUGCCACUGGGGUGGCGCCACGACAAUCGCGCGCCCGGCGAGAGUGCCUCGCUUUUUCUUGUUUGGCUCCUUUAAGUUCAAGGCCGCGGCCCUCCUGCCUGUGUUUUGCUGCGGUUUUUGCACUCUUUUCUAGUGGAGGGACUUCUUCCGGCGUCGAAACCUUUGCCAAACAUCUCAAGCCCCGCACUUACCCACUGCUGCCCAGAUAAGUGCAGUGGCUCGACGGCUCUUUUACUUCAGUCGAUUGGGUCUCUCCCUCACAUAGUAAAAGACGCAUUAGCUUGGCCUUGUCCUUGAGGAAGCCAUUACAUCGGGGCCGGCUGUUGCACACUCAUCGGGGCCGACAGUUGCAGAGUAUUCCUGUGGGGGCCGGCACAUUUCGGAGCCUAGUAGGCCUCCUAAGGAUCCGAUCCCCAUCAAACUCUUGGGCUUUGCUGGGCCUAGUCCCACACUCGAAGAAGUCGAAACUCAGACCCAGGUUCGACGUCGAAAGAGAAGCCCGCACCAAUGAACGUCGGAACUCAACUCCAAACCCCACGGCAAAGGUGCGACCCAAGCUAGAACUGAAACGCAAUCCCAAGUGUCAAACAGAUUCCAAGCUGAGACUGGACCUGAAAGCUGAAAAGAAAACGGAAAUGGGUAGUUUUGUAAUGACAUAGCACUCACUCACACUCUCAGAGGGUGCCAGUAUGCAUAUGCAAGGAUGUGACUCUGCAGUGCGUCGCAUACUCAUUGAUAUGUUGUAGCUAUGCAAACUCUUUUCCGUGUGAUGCAGCUGGACGAAUACAAGAAGACGGAGGAGAAACGUUUCCGGCGAAAGCUCGAGGUGGAGAAAGAGAACCUAAAAAAGGAGCUGAGCGCGAAGCUCUUCGUUGAGAAGAAGAAGUACGUCACUCAGCUGGAAAAGAAGGAAAAGCAGCUGGAAAAGAAGAAGGAGGCAGAGCUGGCGGAGGCCCGCGAAACCAUGGUGAAUCAGCUCACCACCGUGAAGAAGAGCUUGGAAAAGGAGAAGCACAGCUACCAGGAACAGUUGAAAGCGAAGUUGGAGGACGAACAAAGAUUCGAGCUGGAAAAAAUCAAGCGCGCGUCGGAAGUGCCGGCGGAGCCUGAUUGGGUGAUCGUCUCGUGUCCCCACAAUCUGCUCACCGUUGUGGAACACUAGGCGAACACGUCGGCGCCACAAUAAUUCUGUUGCUCAAAUGCUCCGACUUGAAACCUCCAUGAUCUUGAUCGAAACACAGCCAAUCCGUUUUGCUCCAGGACUGCACUCAAAGUCAGGCCCUGCUUCCUAAGUGCUGCUAUAAAAUUCGGCAUAUAUUCACUUGUGCACUUUUUUUCUAGGGGCGCCCAUUUUGAUUUAGAGUUAUAUAUAGCGUUCUCAUUUGCAAAAAUGUUGUCUGAUGCUAUCACGUCCUUAUUCACAACUUUCCACUGAGUCGCUCCGUUCUCGUCUCUGAUUGCAGGUAUAUACACAUUUAAGCUUUUUUACCAUUUAUUUUUAUUGAGUAGGUAUUACUAAUUCUAAUUCAACAUCCAUGUAUCCUUUUAUUUCAUCUCAGACUCAGUCCACGCCAAAGCGCUGCCUCAGAAGUAGUGCCUGGCGCAGCAGGAGCGGAACGCGGCGCACCGAAUGCGUAUUUCCUCUGCAAAAGGCGACACGCGGGGGAAGAAGGCUUUUGCUAGUGUAUUUCACAAGUAUCAAAAUUCCAUUUACGAUCACGUAGAAAAAUUCCAUUUACGCAUUCGUUGUGCAUACGGGUAAGGACGCAAAUCUAUCCUACAUGCUCCCCAAAAACGUAGCACCCAGUAUCUAUCCGCGAGAUGUGAAUUUUUUGACAAAAAAGACAAAGGACGCGACGUGUUGUUGUUGGGGAUUCUUUUGACUAUCACAUUCACACAACAGAAGCAGAUCAACAAAUACUCGUAAGAGCGUGUCCGUACAGUUGCCUUCACGUAGUUGCAAACAUCAGCCAGACGUUCGCUGAAAAGUAAUUUCUUGUUUCUCCCACGGUUACUCCAUGUCCAUUCCGAGGAACGUAAAGCAGCCAAGCAAGCUAUGGCGCAACUAGGAAGUAGACAACCGGAGAAAGAAGCACUACACUUAAUACAUCAAUUGGGCCCGGUGGCGACUACUUAACAACAAGUACAUCAGGGCGAUGCUCUCAAUCCAGUGUCACGACAACGGAUGUGAACCGGGCCUGCUUCGCCCAGCAGGAUUUUUUCACGUCUCUAAAACUUCUUUUGAUUCACUGCUAGCCUCGCACUGAUUUACUUGUAAUUUCUUAUCGGCAACUUGAACUAUAUUUAGGUCUAUAGGAAGUCGCUUAGUGCUCCCGAUUGUGAUAAGCUGAUGAGUUGUUCAUGAUCACAUAAAUCUUCGGCGGCCCCAAAAUCCUCUACCUGACAAAGGGGAGGCGGAGCUUCAGUUCUUUCGUGCGGACUCGGGAUGAUAUUUUUCCCCCCUCAACGCUUUCCCAUCUGCUCUGAAAGCUGCGGAGGCUACUAAAAACCGUUCUACCUGAAAGAUGUUGCACAGCACUCCUCUGUUAUGAACACGACGAUGAAGAUAGAAGUCGCCUUGGUGAAUGAAUAGAGUGGCUCCCUUCAUCAUACGUCAAAACGAACUACAUUGCGUGUUCUGAAAAGCGAUGCCCUAAGUUCUUGUCUCGUCUUAUAUGCCAUUGAUAAAUGGUUGGAAAUUAUAUAUUAUAUAUAAAGAAAGAAAACGGUGUUGUUCCUGUUGCUGUACGUGUUUUUGCGCGAAGGCUGCCGAACAACACUUUUCUUCCAACACAGCGUUUUUCUUAUACGAAAAUUCAUUGCGUGGGUUGCGAGUGUAGACUUUAUGCAUGCUUGAAGGAUCUGCGACGUAUAUGAUUUUUCGGCUACUCCUGAAGAAACAGUUUGUUACGCCUGAAGAGGUACUCGCUCGCCCGAAGAAGCGAGCACACAACUGAGUGUGGGGCUACGUUCUUUCUUACACAGGAUACGCGAAGGUGGCGAAAGCCAAGGCACCCCCAGCCACAUUAGCCAAUAUUGUGGAGUGGAUGUGUAUCCGAGGAAAAAAACGGCUUCUGGGUAAGAAUCGCGUGAAAAAAUUUCCUGCGUGACAAAAUGAAACUACAAGAAUACCAAGAACUUGUCAUGCAUAGCUACUGCGUGAAGCCAAGCCCCUCAUAGAGAGACUGAAUAUAUGGUUGUCCGACACCGGCGGCUUCGAGUUCGACAGACUCCCACGAGCACUGGUUUUUUUUUUUGGAUAAUGUGCUGCGCCCCGACGGGGUAUUACAAAUGAGUAUGGCUGAGGUUGAAGUUCUUUGUGGUUUAGUAAGACAGCGCUAGAACAGCCGGCGGCUUCGGAGGUUUUCGAGCGUUUUUGAAAAGCGAAGCGCUCUUGGUUAACUGGGUUUGUGGCAAACGAUUCGCGCGGAGGCUCCUUGGUUCGCGGGAAGAGAAUACGAUGCAGGGGUGCCAUCUAAAGUGGCGCCCUUCGGAGGUGCUGGCGCUUACCGGGUUAUACAUAAAGUGCUAUGAUAGAGGAAAGAGUAAAAGAUCAGAGAUCCUUCAGAAGAAAACUCUACAGAGGACGUGCAGAAGGUUGAAAAAAACAGGCGUAGCAAAUCAUUGAAUUUGGUCUCAGACAAAGCGCAGUGCUGUGUUUGUGUGUCUGGGUGUUGCCGCGCCUCGUGUGUCUCACCG